AUGGACAAGGACCAGUUGGCGCAGCUGCUCCAGGCGAGCCAGAUUCCCGACACGGAAAAGGUCAAGGCCGUCACCGCCGAGCUCCAGAAGAACUACUACUCGCAGCCCCAGUCCCUGCUGCUGCUCAUCGAGAUUGCCGUCUCCCACAAUGACGCCGGCAUCCGUCAGCUGGCCUCUGUGCAGGCCCAGCGCAUCACGGCCAAGCACUGGCUGAAGGUCAACGACGACCAGCGGAACGUCGCUCGCAAGCACCUCAUUGAGAGCGCUGUCAGCGACCCUACCACCAACGGUCGCCACUCCAAGUGCCGUCUCCUGGCCCGUGCCAUCAGCAUUGACCUCGACAACAAGGACGCCGCCGGUCAGGCCUGCGUCGAGCAGCUCCUCUCCCUCGUCAGCCAGGAGAGCACAGCCGCUCGCGAGGUUGGCUCCUUCACCCUCUACGCCAUUCUCGACGAGGACCCCACAAACUUCAGCGAGCAGGUACCCCAGCUCCUGAACAUCCUCAAGUCCACCAUUCAGGACCCCGCCAGCGUCGAUGUCCGCCUCAACUCGGUCAAGGCCAUCGGCUCGCUGCUGAUGCUCGUCGACCCCGAGGACGAUGCCGAGAGCCUCGCUGCCAUUCACUUCUUCGUCCAGCCCAUUGUCCAGAUUCUCAAGGACGCCGUGCAGGCCGAGGCCGACGAGCAGUACAAGGUCAUUUUUGAGAUUUUCCAAAACUUCCUCGCCUACGACCCCGCCUUCCUGGCACCCCACCUCAAGGAUCUCAUCCAGUUCAUGAUUGACCUGGCCGCCAACACCAACGCGGAGGAUGAGGCCCGUUCGCAGGCUCUGUCCUUCCUCGGCCAGUGUGCUCGCUACCGCCGCAUGAAGAUUCAGGCCAUGAAGGACAUGGGUGCCCAGCUCAUGGUCAAGAGCAUGCAGAUCCUCACCGAGGUCGAGGACGAGGCCGACCCCGAUGACACGUCGCCCGCCAAGACUGCUCUCUCCCUGAUCGACCAGCUCGCGAGCGACCUGCCCCCUCGCCAGGUCAUCGUCCCCCUGCUCGAGACGUUCCCCCAGUACGCGCAGCACCAGGACCCCGGCCACCGCAAGGCCGCCAUCCUCGCUCUCGGCACGGCCGCCGAGGGUGCCCCCGACUUCAUUGCCACCCAGCUCAAGACUCUCCUGCCCAUGAUCGUCAAGCUCCUCAACGACCACGAUGACAGCGUGCGCUACGCUGCCCUCAUUGGUCUCAUCCACCUCGCCGACGAGAUGGCUGAUGAGCUCGCCUCUGGUCACGAGGACCUCAUUGCCGCUCUCCUGAAGAACCUCGAGGCUGCCUCGCAGGAGUCGAGCAAGAAGAACGUCGGUGUCAUCCGCUCCGUCUGCAGCGCCCUCGACUCGCUCGUCGGCGAGGGUCUCGAGGCCGACCUCAUGAAGGUGUACGGCCCCAAGCUCAUCGUGCCCAUGGGCAAGCUCCUCAACCACGAGGACUCGGGCGUCAAGGCUGCCGCCGCUGGCGCCAUUGGCGCCAUCGCCUUCUCCAUGGGUGGUGAGGCCUUCAAGCCUUACUUCAAGGACGUCAUGAGCGCUCUCGGCCAGUACGUCACCGUCACUGGUGAUGAUGACACCCUCGCUCUGCGCUCCUCCGUCUGCGACUCCAUGGGCCGCAUCGCCGGCGCCGUCGGCCCCGAGGCUUUCCAGCCCUACGUCGUCGACCUCAUGAAGGCCAGCGAGGAGGCACUGUCCCUGGACAGCGCCCGCCUCAAGGAGACUAGCUUUAUCCUUUGGGCCUCGCUCUCCAAGGUCUACGGUGCUGACUUUGCCCACUUCCUGCCCGGCGUCUUCAAGGGCCUCUUUGAGUGCCUCGAGUCUGAGGAGGAGGAGCUUGAGAUCCCCGGCCUCAACGCCGACGACGCUCCCGAUGGUGUCAUUUCCGUCGGUGGCCGCCGCAUCAAGGUCAAGCCUACCGAGGACGAGAUUGACCAGGCCAUUGCUGAGGAGGGUGAGGAUGACGAGGACUGGCUCGAUGACCUCGCCGGUGUAACCGCCAUCGACAUGGAGCAGGAGAUCGCUCUCGAGGUGUUCGGUGACGUCGUCACCCACUCGUGCGAUCUCGCCGCCGUCAGGCAAUACCUCGAGCCCGCCAUGGAGAAGAUCCUUCCCCUCGUGGAGAGCGCUUAUGACGGCAGCCGCAAGGCCGCCCUCUCCACUCUGUGGCGCUCGUACGCCCGCGUCUGGCAGCUGUUCGAGGACCAGUCCGGCCAGAAGUGGCAGCCUGGUAUUCCCCUGAAGCAGACCCCUGAUGCCUCGCUCACCGCCCUUGGCGAGCUUGUCACCAAGGCCACUCUCAUGCUCUGGGCCGACGACAACGAACGUGACGUCGUCACCGAGAUCAACCGCAACGUUGGUGCCACCCUCAAGGCCUGCGGUCCCGCCAUCUUGACCCAGGAGGACAUGCUCCCCCAGACCGUCACUGUCCUCAGCACUCUCAUCACCCGCUCGCACCCUUGCCAGCAGGAUCUUGGUGACGAGGAGGAGGAGCAGGACGCCGAGGGCGGCUCGUCCGAGUUUGACUGGCUCGUUAUUGACACGGCCCUCGACGUCGUGCUGGGCCUCGCCACGGCCCUCGGCCCCGACUUUGGCGAGCUCUGGAAGGUCUUUGAGAAGCCGGUCCUCAAGUUCGCCAGCUCCCAGGAGUCCCUCGAGCGCUCGACCGCCGUCGGUGUCAUUGCCGAGGCCAUCAAGUUCAUGGGUGGCGCCGUCACCGAGUUCACCGGCUCGCUGCUCCCCGUGCUCUUCCACCGCCUCUCCGACGAGGACUCGCUCACCAAGUCCAACGCCGCCUACGCCAUUGGCCAGCUCAUCCUCAACUCGACCGACACCAACACGACCUUCCCUCGCUACGCCGACAUUCUGCGCAAGCUCGAGCCCCUUCUGCAGGUCCAGGAGUCGCGCAUCACCGACAACGUCUCCGGCUGCAUCUGCCGCAUGAUCAGCGCCAACCCGCAGCCCGCCCUCGUUGAGAAGGUGCUGCCCGCCGUCCUCGACGUGCUCCCCCUGAAGGAGGACUACGAGGAGAACGAGCCCAUCUACCAGGCCAUCUUCAAGCUCUACGACCAGCAGAACCCUGCCGUCCAGCAGCUGACGCCCAAGAUUCUGCCCAUCCUCCAGCAGGUCCUCAGCCCGCCCGAGGAGCAGCUCGAGCCCGAGACGCGCGCUCUCGUGCAGAAGCUCGUCCAGGCCCUGUCCUAG